AUGGCCACGAGAAGUGACAGCGACGAUCUGUCGCCGCUCUCGCGACCACAAGGCGUCGACGAGAACACACCACUGCUUGGAACAACAGGCAGCUCCCCGACGACCAACCAUCUGACUGUGCCGAGGACCGGACGUGGUCGCAGAGAUUCUGACGAUAGUGACGAGGGGGAUGAAAUUGAUCCAAACGAGUUUGAUCUUCUUCUCGCAAGAUCCGUGCCGACAUCAGGCGGAUUUCUCGAGCCCGAGUCGACCGAGAAUCCAUUGUUGAGAGGUGCCCGUCGCUACAGCUCUGUUUCCAGACAGCGAGCCGGUGCGACAAGGAGCCACAGUCAGAGCAAGAGCCGAGGGAGUCCACGGCCGUCAACCGCCAACCGUGUUGCGAAUGGUGCUGACGACCAAGACGGACCGGCGUCCCCCUACCUUGAUACCGAGCACGAUGACCGCGACCCCCUCCUCCCGAACGGCCACGAGGAUGUCAAAGAGUCCCCCUACCUGAACGGCAUCAGCACCCGCCGUUUCUGGUGCAUCUUUAGCAUGAUCCUCACGCUGAACUUCAUCGCCUGCUUCGACGGCACCAUCAUGGCCUCGAGCCACCCCGUCAUCACCUCCUACUUCAACGCCUCCAACAGCGCGUCCUGGCUUUCGACCGCCUUCCUGCUGACCUCGACCAGUUUCCAGCCUCUGCUGGGACGCAUCUCGGACUCGGUGGGACGGAAACCGCCGUACCUGAUCACCAUGUUCAUCUUUGCCAUGGCCAACGUGUGGUGUGCCACGGCCACGAGCAUGACGAGCUUCAUCUUUGCCAGAGCGGCGUGCGGCCUCGGCGCCGGAGGCAUGAUGACGCUGGGGAGUAUCAUCAUCAGUGACAUGGUGACCAUCGAGGCACGAGGCGAGUACCAGUCAUACCUCAACAUCACCUACGGCAUCGGUUCAGCUCUUGGCGCUGCUCUCGGCGGUGCCAUGGCGGACCACCUUGGCUGGCGGUGGGAGUUUGGCAUCCAGGUGCUCCCCAUUCUCAUCUGCGUCCUGGUCGCCUCUCUGGCCGUCCCCAAUGACCUCGGCAUCGUGGGCAAGCGGGAGACCUUCCUCGAGGCUCUCCAGGCGUUUGACUCGAGGGGCUCACUGCUGCUGACGACCUCCAUCACAUCCCUUGUGCUGGGCCUCAACCUGGGCGGAAACGUGCUGCCCUGGUCCCAUCCGUUCGUCAUCGCGGCGCUCGUCACCUUUUCCGUCGCCUUCCCGACCUUUCUCUACAGCCAGUCGCUGGCCACGCGCCCCAUCAUGCCUCUCCAUCUCGUCCGGCACUCGCCGCGCAUGAACCUCAUCUUUGCCAACGCGCUCGCCUCGAUCCUCACCAACGCGAUCCUCUUCAACAUCCCCCUCUACUUCCAGGCCGUCCUGCUGCUGUCGGCCACAGACUCGGGCCUCCGCCUCGUGAUCCCCUCGGUCGUGGCCUCCACUGCCGGCGCCAUCACCGGCCUCCUCAUCACGCGCACGCGCCGCCUCAAGUGGCCCCUCGCCGCCGGCACGACCUUUUUCGUCCUCGGCACCCUCGCCCUCGCCAGCCUGCAGCGCGGCUGGCCCGCCCUCGGCUACCUCCUCGUCCUCGUGCCGCACGCCCUGGGCCAGGGCUUCCAGUUCCCCGGCACCUUCAUGGCCGUGCUCGCCGUGUCGGCGCAGCGCGACCAGGCCGUCGUCACGAGCACCCUCAUCCUCUGGCGCAGCCUCGGCAUGGUCCUCGGAUUCGCGGCCAGCAGCCUCGUCAUGCAGAACGCCCUCGUCGUCUACCUCGACCGCCACGCUAUGCAGAAGGAAUGGACCGGCACAAUAUGCCUAGGGGGCGUACAUCUCGAGUCACUCAUCUAA